UUGAUACAUUUUCAUUUGACCCUGAACAGGAGGAAACUAAAGUCGAGAUCUCUUGAUUCUUGUGGAAAUUGAAAACUAUUAUGCUGUGAGUGGCCUAUAUCGACAUGGCGUUUGGUCACUGCCGAUGUUUGGUUGCUCUCGUUGAGUUACUUCUGUUAUUUGCGGUUCUCUGUUUGUCUCUAACUGCAGUGGCCACUAUAGUACUCCUAAAGAAAGACUUCAAUGGCGAUUGUCCUUUGUACCCAACCAUUAAAGAUGUCGGAUACUUCAACAUUGAAACAAAUGACGUCAUCAACUGCAAUUACACCAUCGGUGCUAAUGCUGUAUCUGCCGGGAUUUCUCUAAUAAUGAUGAUCUACGUAGGCAUCGAACUGGCAAUGAAGAAAAGACUACUUUCCUUUGUUCCAAUUCUGCAGACGAUAAUCUCUGCUAUUUUGAUGAUUAUUGUCGGCACAGCGGCAGGCAUUAUAUCGGUGGGAUUCAUCAAACUUUGCAACGGACUAGAAUUGUUGGUUGAUGUUUGGCACGACUACAAUACUUGCAAAGAGUGGCAGGAAGAUGACUAUUGGAGUAUCUAUGACUAUGAUGGAUCGCAUUUUUACUUCUAUCUGUUCUCCGCCCAGAUCGCAACAUGUAUCAGUGCUGCCAUCUGGGUCGCCAUGUUGAUUAUAUCAUUCAUUGUGUUAGUCUGCUGUACCAGUCGCUCUGCUGAGGAUGACGAAGUGCUCAUCCUGUAGAUUACACGAUGUCUGACAGAAAAUUUGUUUUAAUGUCUUAUAAAACUCUUUAGAAUUUGAGAGAGGGUGUUGAAACCGAAUUAAUCAUUGGAAAUCACAAGUCAAAUUCUUGCUUGUGCAGGGGUCGUGGCUGGAGGUGGUAUUGUUACGGCCACGACCACAGGCAGGGUCGAGUCAGGGUAUUUUGAUUAGGCCAAGAUUAUGAAUGUGACGUCAUUUUUAGUUGACCAAUUAGGGUAUCGAUCCCACUUGAAAAAUCAUAGGAGACUCCCGACCCUCCUGUGGUGCCACGCCUUAACAUACGCAUGUUACUUUUACUUGAUGGUGGCAGGUGGACUGGGAUUAAGGGUGAAGGCCGAGUAGAGGAAUAUCAUUAUUCCAAAAGAGAGAAAAAUAAACAAAUAUAAAAGAGCUAAAAUUACAAUUUCUUAGCUAUACAAGUUUAAGCAAUGUAAUAUUUUUGUCUCAUCUUCAAUGUAUUGCUUAGUUCUACAUUAUAUUAUUAUUAUCGAUGCUUGAUUCAGCCUUUGGCUUUGUUUUUAAUCAGUAUUGAAAAAGCAUUAUUGAAUCAAAUAUAGAUGAUUGAGAUGAUAUUCUGCUAGCAUUUUUCUUUUUUAGUGUGUGUUAAUGUUUAUUCAUACUAAAAUGCUAAUAUGUCGCCUAUAGGCUGGGGAAACAAAUAGAACAUCUCUUUCGAUCAUUGGCUCAAGAAUCCCCAGGACCUGUCU